GGUCCAAGCUGGUUGGCCACAAACCGCAGGAAGUGAGCUGCUCUUCCUGUGUUAUCAUCACCAACGUUACACACUAAUGUAGACAGUCGGUGUCAACGUACGCCUAAAUAUUUACCAGCAGUGUCGGCUGACUCGCCCAAGUUUCAACGCACAACGGAAGAGACGAAGUCCUAAUGGUGACAGCAUGAAGAUCAAAUCUGUCAAGAAGAAGUGUUUGCUGAACAGAGCAAAGAGGGGAGGGACGCCACCUGAUGUGGACGGAGUUAAAGCUGAACAUAUGCUGGAGCCGGAGGAGGAGGUCGAGGAGGGCUCUCGUGAAGCCUACACUAAUGGAGGUGGUCUCAACAUCCAGAUCAAGGAGGAACCACUUUCACAGGAGAUCAGCGAGGAGCACGAUGGAGACUCCUCCGGCGGUUUAGACACUAAGCCUGACAUGGUUGCACUCAGGUUGGAUGGUGACCACCAACAAGGAGGCAUAAAGGAGGAGUGUGACUCAGACCUAGGGCCAGUAUGUGACUUCACUGAGGCUGCUGUCAAGGAGGAGUCUGAGUCAUGGGUUAAAGAAGAGAGAGACGAUGAGCUGGAGGCCGCAGACAACAUCCAGGGAGAUUAUGGAGAGGCAAAGCAGGAGGUCUGCACAGAGUCAUCAUCUGACUUCUAUCCAUGUCCUCACUGCACUGUCUCCUUUACUGACUUGGACUUCCUGGAGAAGCAUGUCAAGUGGGUCCAUCAGAAACAGUAUCUUGCCAAGCUGAAAAGAUGCCUCUCAAGCCGCACACUAAACCUGACCCCUAAGCACACCUGCACUGUCUGCAGCAGCACCUUUAAAUCUAAAGUACACCUUAGGGUCCAUGUCCGUGAAGCCCACCCUUCUGCCCCUCCCCGCAGACUUCACCCCUGUCCAACCUGUGCACGCAGCUUCCAGUACCUGAAGAAUCUGAAGAAUCAUUGUCAGCGCUGGCACAACAUGUCUGUGGUUACCAGAGGGGGGCACCUCAGCUGCGCCGACUGUGGGAAGAGUUUCAAAGCUACCUGGGGUCAAGGGCCACAUUUGUGUCAUGAACCGCAUAAUACAGAAUCUGAGGAUACGCCAAUCUGUCUUGAUGUUGGUGUGCAGUGUCCAGAAUGUGGCAAAAAGAUGGGCACACCCCAAAGCCUUGAAGAUCACAUGCGCACUCAUACGGGUGACAGGCCGUUUGUCUGCAAGGACUGUGGCAGGAAGUUCGUGGAGCGCAGCGGUUGGCGUCAACACAUGAAAAUACACACAGGGGAGAAGCCGUACAAAUGUCAGGUGUGCGGGAAGGCCUUUUUAAGAUCGCACCACCUCAAGUGCCACUUAACCACACACUCUGGCAAGAAGGAAUAUUCUUGCUCUGAAUGUGGAAAGGAGUUUGGAUUCAAGUCAAGUCUGGAUCUCCACCUGAGGACGCACUCCAGUGAGAAGCCCUUCCACUGCGAUGUGUGCGGGAAGAACUUUAACACUCAGAGAAACCUGAGGGUUCACACCAAACUCCACACCAAAGAGAAAGCUCACCAGUGCGGGGACUGUGGGCUGAAGAUCGGAGAUCUCGGGGCUUUGAAAAUACACCUGCGGACACACACCGGGGAAAGGCCUUACCACUGCACAGUCUGCGGCAAUAGGUUCAUUCGCCUCGCACAUCUGCGAAACCACCAACGCACCCACACCGGUGAGAGACCCUACAAAUGCACUGAAUGCGACAAGAGUUUCACUCAGUCUGGCGACCUGGUGAAGCAUAAGAGGAUACACUCUGGGGAAAAGCCCUACGAAUGUCCAGACUGCCACAAUCGUUACACCUCCUCUGGUGAUCUGGGCAAGCACAGGAGGAGUCACACUAACCUGCGGCCCUACACAUGUCAAGAAUGUGGAAAAAGCUUUCGUUUGUCGGGCCAUUUGAAGACGCACAUGUUAACUCACACGGGGGAGAAGCCAUAUUCCUGCCCCAACUGCCUCCGCAGGUUCGCCCGCUCUCACCACCUUUCUGGUCACGUGGCUAAAUGUCGCUGAGCGUUUAUGAGAGACCUGUAAAUAUGCUGCGGUAUCUACGGGAGCUGUACACAGCCUUCUGCUAGGGUUUUUAAUGAAUGUGCUAAUGUAACAAAAUCUCUGUCUAUAUAUGAUUAUUUAUAUGAACUUUCUGUAACACUCUUUGAUUUUUUCUUUGUUAUUGCAUGGAAAAAAAUUGAAAACACUAUCCCAGCUUUGUAUGUUGUUUUUUUUGUGCAGGGCCAUUCGAAACUGGUUUCUGCUAGACACUACUGUAAAGGAGCCAGUGGACAUGGUAUGAGGCAUGUGGGAAAUGCAGAUUAUAGAUUGUAUUUUCCUCCCCACAGAAUAGAUCUCCGCUGUAAACAUUUUAUAAAUUAUUUGAUGAAUGUGUAGGAGGCAUUAGUUAUGUGUAUUAUAUGUUUGAAUGUGGAGCCUACCUCAGGUCGACCACAGGUGGCAGUCUGUAUUCGUGUGGCAGGCAGUUUAUAUAUGGGGCACAGGUGCAACUGACGGAUUUAAUGAUGCAUGGGUGACGGGGAGAUCGUACAAGACACACCAGAGGGAGACCAGGAAACUACUAGAUAUCAAGUUGUAUUGUCAGUUGUGAACUAUAAUUAAACGGGAACUUAACCCAAAGAUA